AUGAACGGCCUCCAGGAUAUCGAUGGGCUUUCCGAAUGCAUCGGUCGGGCCAUCCAGGACCAUCUUGCCAGAUUGAACAUCAAUAUCGCGUGGCCACAGCUCGACAACCUUGACCAUCCCAUCCUUCGCGUGGAAGCUUUCCUCGAAGAGGCCGAUGCGAACCAUGCAACAAGAGCGCAGUCCGAGAGGGUCGCAUCGAGAACCGUCGAUCUGGCGAGUAUGAGAACGCCGGCCCCCACACAAAGUCCAAUGCCGGUAGAUUCUAACGACUAUGAGGAGUCAUCGUCGAUGGACGAGUCUAAUCCCCGGGACGACCCGUGCCCAUCGGAACAACACUCCCGCGAUACCCGUAGAAAAGGUACUGGCGGUCUGAGGGUGUCGCAGAACCAGUCCUCUUUUCAAGAAGAUUUGACCGAGCACCAACGCCAAAUGCAGGUGGAUAGCCGAAGCUUUCCCAAGCGGAAAAAGGUAGCGUCUGAUAAGUUUGUCUUCCAGCCUUCCACUCUAGACAAGCUUAUCAUCGGAAUCUGGGAGCAAGUACACAGUACACUCAACCUCGACCCGAAAGCUAUAUUCGAACAGUUCCAGGUAUCGCCCAAUGGAUCCUCCAUGGGUGUGGUUCGACAAACGCAAACGGAAGAGCCAUCAGCAGCCAUUACCACUUCGAACACGAAAUCCGAAUCCUUCAGUCAGAUGAACGUUUUCUGUCGCAAGGUCACACAAGCGAGUCGUGUGUGCCGGUCAAUAGAAAUGAUUGUACAAGCUCGCUGGGUCGAGCUCUUUGAGGAGCAGGUACAAUAUCGGAGCCAAUCGAGGCCUGACCUGUCUACGACAAAGCACAGGAAAGCUGUGUUCAUGGAAGCGUGCCAGGACUUCGACUGGUCUGAGUAA